GUGCAAUACUGUCACAUUUUAUCGCCCGCCGCCAUGGACGAUGUGGUGACCAUGCUGCAGGCAGAUGACCAACUGCGUGUCUUCUUGACACCAGACGGAGUGGACAUCGCGGCAAUUGCAAGUGGCAUCAUUUCCCAGGACGCCACAAACUCGACAACAUCGAGCGCGUCAGAGGACUUUAGCCACAAGCUGACGGUUGCAAUGAAGUUGAUCGAUGACUCGAUUGAAGGAUACAUCAGUGUGUCCCACAAGGAUCUCCUCGGGCAAGUGGGUUCUGUCGACGGACUCAAGGCCAAAGUGACCCGGCUGCACACCGACGUGCAUGACGUCCAAGCCGCCAUCCAGCGCAUGGACAUGGACAUCCACAAGGCCCAUCGUGGGCUACAGCGCACGGUCCGUCAGCUUCGGAACGUCGACCUCUGCAGUGCAGUGUUGCAACGCGUUCUGCGCUUUCAAUCGCUGAUCGACACGUUGCAACAACUGCACCUGCCUCCCCACCCAACCUCUACAUGUUCCAGCACGGACGUGGCAGGAACAUACUCGGCCGCGUCGUUAGCGCUCCGAGAAGCCGAGCUCUUGGUCGCCGACGAGCAUGCCGCGUUCCAGUCCCUUGCGGUCAUCUCCCCGGCGUUGCCGCUCUUGCGCACAUGGCGCAGCGACCUCACCAAACACAUGAAAGCUCUCCUUCGCUUGGGCAUGGUGGCCGUGGACCAGGUGGCGAUCGGCAGCGCCCUGCAGAUCCUAUAUCAGCUCGGACCGUCGACGUUGUCGGAGCAUGUGCAGGCCGCCGUGAACGCCGCGCUCGAGGACGUGGAAGCCAAAUGCUCGCAGAGUUUGCAGGAAGGGUCGUUCGACGAGUCCAAGCUCAAAGCGGAUGUGUGGGCCGCGCUCCAAACCGUGUUGAGUACGCUGUCGUCCCAUGCGCUGCAAGUGUGGAACCUCCAGCGCGUGCUGCUCAAGUCGUCAACGGCGCCGCUGACGACCUCCUCGGAUGCCAAGUCGAAACCGUCGGAACCACCAAUGACGUACUUGUCGCUGGUCCUCUCGCCGGAUGAACCCACCCUGUUUGCCACGUUUUGGGACAUCUCGUGCGCGCUCGUUCGCGACCUCCUCACGCAAACCCUCGAGUACAAGGCGUCCGUUGUAGCCGCGAUCGUCGGCUACUACCCGAAACUCCGCGUCGAGGCGCAGGAAGUGGUCGCGACACUGCACACGACGUCCGCCCGGCUCAGCCUGGACACGCUCGUCGUGUGCGGGUCCGAGGCCGAACGCGACCAGCUGGUCGACACGGCGCUGGCCCCGCUGCUCGACGCGUACCAGACGCGGUCGUUCACCCGCCUCGCGUCGCCAAUCCACCUCAUGUUUCCGCAAUCGUCCAACUACCACGCAUCUCCCCCCAGUCGCAGCGACAUGACCACGCUGCUCAAGAUCAUGGCGCACGAGCUGGACGUGGCGGGCUCGGACGCCGCCUUUCGUGCCGCCAUCCUCGUCGGGGUGCGGCGCAGUGUCGAGCUGUUCUGCAAGAGUGUGCGGGGCAUGGCGCAUCCGUCGCUGUCCCUUCCUCCGACCGCCCAACGCACGCCGGCCCAGGCGCACAACGUCGGACUCGUUGGCAUCUGUGUGCAGCUACAGGAUGCGCUCCAAGAGUGGCCCGAGCUCGAGACAGCGAGGGACGCCGUGCAUGCCCUCUCUGUGCGGUUGCUGGGGCAAUAUUUGACCGUGCUGGCGGUCAAGUUGGAAUCCAUCCUUGCCGCCAUGCACCUCGAAACGUACGCCGACCAUCCGUCGUCCUCUGCUAUGGUCGGGUCUCGGUUCAUGGUGGAAUUUGCGUCCGUGUUUCACGUGAUGGAGACCGAACACUUGGCUCGGUUAGGGCUAGACCCAAUGACAUCCGUCUGCCGCCGCACGUGCGUCGGGGAGCUCAGCACGCGGCUGCUGUCGCACGCGACGCGGCAACUGGCGCUGGUGCGGCCGCUCACGGAAGCAGGCAAGUGCCGCCUUGCCAGCGAUAUGGCGCAGCUCGAGAUGGUCCUCGGCAACUCGCUCGAGCUGUCCGGUCUCGCGCUGGAAGAGUUCAAAGCGUUCCGGCAUUUGCUGUUUGUGGACACGGCCAACGUGACGCGGGACGGCCGGUUGGACAAGGUGCGCCCGAGCAACGUGUGCCAUCACCUGCUCAGUCGCGGUCCCGCGGGGCUGCAGGCGCCGUGGCAGGCCAAGGGCUGGACAAUUCCGACGUACGUGGCGUGGAUGGAGACGCAGGCGGGGCUCGCGCAGUACAGCCCUGUGGUCAUGCCGGCGGACAUGCCACUUGGGGUGGCCUGCUGGAAAGAUCGCGCGCUGGCGAUGGCGGCAGAAGACGUCAUUUGGAAAGAGAUCCACGCAUGUUUGGAUGCAUAUGCCCAGCGCAGCAGCGCCCGCGGCAACCGAGACGUGGACGCGCUUUACGAUGUGCUCAUGGACGCAGGUCCGUCGCUGCUGGCUGGGUAUGAAGUGGCCACCAAAGCGUACCUGUAUCCGUCCAAGUCGAGAGAAUAACGUAGAUACGAUGCAUUGACAUCGAGUGAUCGAUUAUUGAAAUGUUAGUUAAAGGUCUGUGGUUGGAAGGAUGGUCGAGGAUGCGGUGGUCGUCAAUGUGGUACUAAUGCUAGGGGGGUCGCUGAUUUUGGAGGGCCGAUUCUUCAGCCUCGUGUCGCAGAUCACCUCCAGGGAUUCAUGGGCACGGGCAUUCCACUGCAACGCUUCCGCUUCCGCCUCGAGGAGGUUACGUGCUUCUUCGUCACUCGCGAUCUGGAGAAGGCGAAGCUCCUCCAGUUGGUCGGCUUCUGUCUUGUCGAGUCCCGGAAGCGUGUCGAUCACUUCGUUUGUGCGCUUGGCGCUCAGCAGCAAGUCCUUUGCCAGCCCCUUUAUCCGCUCCAACUGCUCCGCCACAACUUCUGCAUUUGAGUCGUCCUCCGUGUCGAGUGGUGGAAGUAGUCGAAGGGCGUUGAACAUGUCCAGCGUCAUUUGGUCCACGCAUUGCUGCAGCACCGUGACCUUGUCCAUGUUUACUGCUCGGACGGCUGGGGCGUAGCGGAAUU